AUGCCUAAUUUGAAGACAAGUGAAACAAGGGAUAAUCAAGAAAUUACUUUAAUAUGUCUUGAUUGCGCAACCAACAAUUCGAAAGGAUUAGCUGGUUUGCCUACACCUAAACGACACCCAAACUCUAUACCAUCAUCUCGACUUGGGGAAGUCCUUGAGAGAACUGACAGCGUAAUUGUUGAAAUACCCAUUAAAGCAAUAGGGUCUUCACCACCAAAACAACAAUCCCAAGCCCCUCAACAAGGUGGUAAAAUUACCGCGAAAGCUCCCGUUUUACCUUCUGGUCCUAGUGCCAUCACUAUUACAUCCACGUCAUAUGUAGAUUCUGCAACUCCUCCUCCAAAGAAUAAUAGUAAUUCCGCCAAUAGCAAUAGUAGUGAUUCCAGUAGUUCUACUAGUAGUAUUAUUACAGCUGCUAUUGUUGUUGGUACCGUGGUUGUCGCUGCGGCUAUUGAAAAGAUUCAACCUGUCGAUUUUGGUCCACGUUCA